UUCGGGCUCUUAAACCGUCCGCUUCUGGCUCGGUCGGCUUUGCCGCCGGCUGUUGAUUCGCCGCGAAUGGCUUCCUAAAUGCCGAGUCGAGAGGAGGAGGAGGAGGAGGAGGCGCGCCCCUGCGUCCAACUAUGGCGUCCGUGUACGGCGGGUCCCACACUCUGAGCAAGGAUGACGUGAACUACAGGAUGCAUUUCCGCAUGAUAAACGAGCAGCAGGUCGAGGACAUCACGAUAGACUUCUUCUACAAGCCGCACACCAUCACGCUGCUGACGUGCACCGUGCUCAGUCUGAUGUAUUUCGCCUUCACAAGGGACGAUGGAAAUCAUGACAGCAACAUCUGGGUGGGACUUAUCUUGGUCAUCUCAUUCUUCCUGGUCAUCAGCGUUCUGGCGUUUCCUAAUGGUCCGUUCACCCGACCGCACCCAGCAAUAUGGCGCAUAGUUUUUGGUCUGAGUGUCCUCUACUUCCUGUUCUUGGUCUUCAUUAUCUUCCAGAACUGGGAACAGGUAAAACAGCUCAUGUACUGGUUGGACCCAAACCUGCGUUAUGCUUUGCGAGAAGCGGACAUUAUGGAAUAUGCAGUAAACUGCCACGUGAUCACCUGGGAGAGGAUCCUGAGCCACUUUGACAUCUUUGCCUUCAGUCACUUCUGGGGCUGGGGCAUGAAGGCCCUGCUCAUCCGCAGCUAUGGUCUCUGCUGGACCAUUAGUAUUACCUGGGAACUCACUGAACUGUUUUUCAUGCAUCUGCUGCCUAAUUUUGCUGAGUGCUGGUGGGACCAAGUGAUCCUGGACAUCCUGCUCUGUAACGGAGGUGGCAUCUGGCUUGGCAUGACUGUCUGCCGUUUCCUGGAAAUGAGGACCUACCACUGGGCCAGUAUCAAGGACAUCCACACCACAACGGGGAAAAUCAAACGGGCCGUGCUGCAGUUCACCCCAGCCAGCUGGACAUAUGUUCGCUGGUUCGACCCCAAGUCUUCCCUGCAGCGGGUGAUGGGCGUCUAUCUUUUCAUGAUCAUCUGGCAGCUGACUGAGCUGAACACGUUCUUCCUGAAGCACAUCUUCGUGUUUCCCGCGUGCCACGCUCUUAGCUGGUGUCGAAUCCUGUUCAUCGGCAUUAUCACAGCUCCGACAGUAAGGCAAUAUUAUGCGUACCUUACAGACACACAGUGCAAGCGAGUCGGGACUCAGUGCUGGGUGUUUGGGGCAAUAGCGUUUCUGGAGGCCUUGGCGUGUGUCAAGUUUGGACAGGACCUGUUCUCCAAGACUCAGAUCCUUUAUGUGAUCCUCUGGCUCUUAUGUGUGGCCUUCAUUACAUCCCUCUGCUUGUAUGGAAUGGUGUGGUAUGCAGAAAACUACGGUCCAAGAGAGAAGAGCCUCUCCGAAUGCGAGGACAGUAACUACGCAGAAUCUAGUGACGUGUCAGAAGGCUUUAAAGAAGAGAUGGAGGCCGACGGCGACAGCCACACCGCCAGACGUAGAGGCAGAGGCUCUGGGAAGAGACAGUCCAUCAAUGGUCUUGACAGCCAGUAGGAAUCGGAGCCAGAGGGCUGCCGGAGCUCCCCUCAACUCCCACAAAGGAGCAAGGAGAACGGGAUGAGGUUAAAAAAGGGGGAUAAAGCAAUCAUGUCCUGGCGCAUUUCAAACACAGAGAAACGCUUACUCAUAAUAGUGAGGGUGUCGACACGGAGAAGUCAGGAGGGGUGAACAGGUCCGUUCGGUGGUAUCGAGAGGGGUUUCAGUAGCAAAGACACACACACCUGUUAGUUAGCGUAGUGCAGUCGGAGAGAUGGCUCCCUCCUCACUGAUCACAAGCUGCUUGACUACGCGAGUUUAUGUGCAUUGCGAUGAUGGAAGUGUGUGUGUGUGUGGGUGUGGGCAUGCACAAGAGAGAAAGAUAGAUAGCAAUACAGAAUUGCUCAUCCUAGAUCUGAAUGCAUGGUUGUUAUAGCUGGUAAACUGUAAUUUACAAUUACAUUUAUCCUAUGAAACAAUAUAUCAUUCAUAUUAUAAUUAAAUCUGGCUGGUCUUUACCAGCCAGAUGUCCUGUAAUCAAACUACUGUAGGUUCAACACAUUUCUAUUAUAAAGAGACAUUACAUAGAAUAUCACAGAAUGUAGUGCCUGUGUGUUUUAUAGCAAGGAAAGGCUAAUAUUCUGCAAGACACGGCAAAACUCCUACAGUCGGUCUCCUUGUUUUAAUCACCUUCCGCCAAUUUACACGUUCACACGUUGGUGUUCAUGGUUUUUUUGUUUCUGGCUCAGAACAAAAGUGGAACGUGAACACGAGUUGGACACAAAAGGACUUCAGCGUGUUAUGAUGAGCUUUGUGUUUGACCCGGAUUUGAGCGGAGCACAGAGUUGAAGCACUUUUUUUUUUUAUUAUUGUUUUUCGUUUCCCGAACGCUUCCAAUGCGAAGUCGACUUCUGUUUACUGUACAUUUGUGACGUUUUGAGUAUUUUGUGAUUCGUGACCUUGAGUGAUUUUAUUCUCCCUGUACAUUUUCGGCUGCUAUCUUCUUCUUUUUUUUCUUCUCCUCAAUCAUAUUCACUGUACUGAUAACAGAGAGCGAUCGUUCAUAUUCCCGCAUGACUUCGAGCUCCACCUUGCCCUCCGAGCGGGUGGUGGUGUUUUAGUAGUAGGUGAACUCUUGUUACUACACCGUAUAUGCAUGGCUAUGUGUCAAACCAGCCCACAGUGUUUUAGUAGCAGGAUAUUACAGCGGUAGUCUAAAGCAUCUUUCUUUCACAAACAACACCGGAAGCCAAUAUUUCCGGUAUUUUUUUUUAUCUUUCCACUGUCCUGGUAAUAUUUUAAUUCACCCCUGUGCCUGUAUGCAUGUUUUUAAUGCCUAAUAUUUUUGCUGGUUGUGUUGCGACUACAUUUUGUGUUGGGUGUGUUUGAUUCUCGUGAUCUCAGAGUACGUAAACGGACAUUUUAAGCUCCUCGCCCUCCGUCAGGAUCAUCUCAGCGCCAGGCGAGUUCCUCGCGAUCUCAAGACAAUCCAGACGUUCGCUGUCCUUCCGCCGAAAUGGACCAAGCUUAGCCACGACACUAUGUAGUGAAUGGUACGUUGUCUCUGGAUUUAGUUGCCAUUUGCCAAAACAAUUCUGUUUAAAAAAACAAAACAAAACAAAAAAGUGUUGUUUUUUUUUCUCCACUGUGAAUUAUUGAAGUAUAU